AUGCGCCUACUGCAGCCGCAGCCGCCAGCCGUCAACGGCGUCAAGACGGCGCUGCUGCAGCGCGUGCGCCAGCUGACACGGCCCGACCUGGAGACCCUGGUGCUGGACAAGAUGUGCGAGUCGAUCGCCUGCCGGAGUGUUAUCGGCGAGAUGAAGCAGUCGGCCGAGAAGCAUGUGACGGCCGCCGAGCGCUUCCAGAAGAAGAUCACCUAUCUGCAGAAGCAGGUAGGUGACCUGCAUCUGGUGGUGCGCAAGCUGUCGGCCGAGCUCAAGUCACGCCGCGCGCCCAGCUAUCCGGUCAAGAUCACGCGCACCGUCGGCCUUCAAGUCACGCUGGCGAAGAGCGUGCCACCGCUGACGAGCCGGCCGCGUCCCGCCCCCGGCGCCGCCGCCGCCACCCCGGCAGCCAACGGCGUGCUGCGCGCCCAGCUCAGCUCGCCCAUGCGGCCUCGGAUGCCGGGCAGGGGCCUGGGCCUGCCUCCGGCCGGGCUGCGGGAAACCUCCGGUUAUGGGCCGGGCACGUCUCGGACGGGGCGUGGGGGUGCUUCUGUGGGCUGA